GGCCAGACUAUAAGCCAAUCGUGAAUCUAAUGUGAAAAAAUUAAUUAAAUUAUUUUUAACUAUAAAAAAAACAGGUUGCAGUUCCAAACGCAUUCCAAAAUCUGAAAUAAUCAGAACAGAAUAUUGACACAAUCACAUAGUUUUGAAUAAAAUGAAAAGAAAAUCAAAGUAAAUGACAUCGAACUAAACAAGAAAUGAAUGUAAUAAAAAGAAAACGAAUUGGAUAACCUAUUUUCAGAAGCAUAAUAAUUCGUAUAAGGCGAAACAACGGAAAUCGUAAUAACCAGUAGCACACAGUAGAUAUAACACUGAUCAAAUAAUUUUAUCUUCUCUGCAAAUGAAGCUAAAAAGGAAGAAAGAUAACCUACCAUUUAAAAUUUUCGCGUAUUAUCCGCGUUUAGUUUUCAAUAUGGGAAUCAAUUACUCAGGACAGUAGCAGAAACCUCCGGACCCAAAACAACCUUGCUGGGCCAAGUUACGGUUUGAAGAAAUCUGAUUGACUAAAAUCCUCCCUCCUGUUGAGAUUCUUUUGGUUGGAACCGCAAUGUCAAAUAACCCUUAAUGGUCGAAGCCCGCACCCAAAAUAACCUUCCUGGGCCAAACCGUAGCUUGAUGAAAUCUGAUUGGCUUGGACAAACAAACUUUAACCAUUUUUAACGAGCCUAUAACCCUUUCUUUCAGAAAAGGGAAUAAUACCAAUUGAAGUAAUGUUUAUUUUUUUCCCUAUUAUCUCUGCUAUCCUACUUUUUUAGCUUAAAAAAACAUUUGAUAGUUUCACGAAGUUUUAUAUAGAACAACAUAAUGUACGUAAAUUGUUAUGGCUUCAUCAACACUCCAAAUGACAUUUACAAAUAUUGUACACUAACAAAAAAUAUAUGCUACAUGUAAACAUUGAUUUGAAAAAAAAAUUUUAUUAUUAUUUUGAAAUCCAAAAGGUAUCAAUAUAUCAAAUGGCUAUUUGACUUCUAUUUAAUGAACUUUCAAGUUCUUUAUAGUUUAUUGAAAAGUAAAUUAAUUACAUGUUUUGAAAUAAAUGAUAAUCAACUUGAUGAAGAUUUUAAUGAAAGUUGUUAG